UGCCUGUUUCACAGCCCGCCCCCCGCCCCGCCCCCUUCCAGAUUCCCAGCCCAGCCCUGCCCCUCGCCCAGGUGACUUGGGCAGGUCCCAGCCCCUCUGAGCCUCAGUUUCUGCCUCUGAAACGUAGGAAAAGUGUCUCAGGUGAAAGGUGCUAGGCACUGUUCUUAACAGUUGGGAGAGGCUACCAAUGACCAAGACAGCCCCAGUUCCCAAAGCCACAGUGGACAACCAGCAUCUACUGACCGAAGCAGACCGGGUGCCCUGCCUGGCAGUCUCCACGGAUCUGUGGCACCCCGGCAGGCAGCCUCUCAGGGAGCCUGUGGACAUUCGCUGAAUCCAGUUUCACAGGAACGGCCACAGACUGGGAAUGGCUUUCUGAGAAUUCCACAACCUGGAAAUGGCAGGGCCUGGGUUCAAGUUCGAUGGGGUUCAGUCUGAGGCGAGCCCGGUUUGGCAGUGUCCCGGCCUACUCAGCCCAGGAUUCCCAUCAGUGUCCACUCCAAAGAACCAGCAGCAACUUCCUGGUCUUGUUCCUCAUCAACACCAAAGCUCUGCAAUGUGGUGUUUUCUCCUUCAGGUCCAGGUGCGGAAAUAUGGGGUGCAGGAAAAACUGUUCAUUGCUCCUGGCCUCCGCUCCAAAAUGCCUUCCACACCUGGGCUCCCAAAGGCAGCACACACGGUCACUCCUGAGGUGGACAGCGGAAACUCCACAGCUGCCAAAGCCAAGGCUCAACCUACCGGGUUUCAGGGUCCCAUUGAGAAGAACAAGGACCUGGUGUUGGACCUGGGCCACCUCAAUGACUCCUACAACUUCAGUUUCCACGUGGUGAUUGGCUCCAGCGCUGAGGAAGGCCAGUACAGCCUCAACUUCUACAACUGCGACAACCUGAGGCCAGGCCGAGAACGCCCCUUCGACCUCACGGUGAUGAUCCAGGAGAAGAACCCGGAGGGCUUCCUGUCGGCCGAAGAAAUUCCCCUUUUCAAGCUCUACCUGAUCAUGUCCGCCUGCUUCCUGGCCGCUGGCAUCUUCUGGGUGAACAUGCUGUGCAGGAGCAAGUACAAUGUCUCCAAGAUCCACUGGCUCAUGGCGGCCCCGCCGAUCACUAAGAGCAUCUCGCUCCUCUUCCACAGCAUCAACUACUACUUCAUCAACGGCCAGGGCCACCCCAUCGAAGGCCUCGCGGUCAUGCACUACAUCACGCACCUGCUGAAGGGCACGCUCCUCUUCAUCACCAUCGCCUUGAUUGGCUCUGGCUGGGCCUUCUUCAAGUACGGCCUCUCUGACAAGGAGAAGAAGAUUUUCGGGAUCGUGAUUCCCCUGCAGGUCCUCGCCAACGUGGCCUACAUCGUCAUGGAGUCCCGAGAAAAGGGCGCGAGCGACUAUGGGCUUUGGAAGGAAAUCCUGUUCCUGGGGGACCUCAUAUGCUGCGGUGUCAUCCUCUUCCCAGUGGUCUGGUCCAUCCGGCAUCUCCAGGACGGGUCCGGCACGGACGGGAAGGUGGCAGUGAACCUGGCCAAGCUGAAGCUGUUCCGACACUACUAUGUCAUGGUAGGGCCCCCCACCGCGCUCGGCCCACGGCACCGCCCCGCCCCCGCCCCGUGCCCCCGGCACCCCGGUGUCCUGGCCCCUCUGUCCGCAGGUCAUCUUCUACAUCUACUUCACACGCAUCAUCGCCAUCCUGCUGCGCGUGGCCGUGCCCUUCCAGUGGCAGUGGCUGUGCCAGCUCUUGGUGGAGGGCUCCACGCUGGCCUUCUUUGUGCUCACGGGCUACAAGUUCCAGCCUGCCAGGGACAGCCAGUACCUGCAGCUGCCCCCGGAGGACGAGGAGGACAUACAGACGGAGCAAGUGAUGACGGACGCUGGGUUCCGGGAGGGGCUCUGCAAAGUCCACAAGACAGCCAGCGGACAGGAGCAGCUGUGAUUGCCGCCAGUUCCAGGACCCGCCGGCAUCCGUCCGUCCGUCCGUCCGUCCGUCCGUCCGUCCUCUUCCCCACAGCCCUCCUCCCUCCCGCACCGGCCCAGCGCGAAUGUGGGGAGGUGGCAGGGGCCUGUGUGGAAGAGCUGCCCGGCUUCCUGGCAUCCGCCUUCGCAGGAAGAGCCCACCCAAAAGACAGUCGGACGCCCCCUCGGAGGCCCCAAGCCCUGGGCCCCGCUGUCCGGGCAGCGGAGCCACCCCACACUUGCAGCUGUGCAAUAAUAACCAAUCUGUGUUUGCUGUCCGAGUUUCUUGCCUUUCUGGGUUGAGGUCCAGGGCAGAAGUUGUGUUUACAGUUUA